CAAGGCUUUGUGAAGAGUUACCGUGGAUUACUUGCCGCCCGAUUCUUCCUAGGGCUCGCGGAGGCCGGCAUCUUUCCAGGUAGUUUCUACUUGAUUAGUUUUUGGUAUAAGAAAGAGGAGGCUCAAAAACGAUUCACUGUGUACUAGUCAACUACCAUCUUUGCCGGGGCUUUCGGAGGUUUGCUCGCUAGUACCAUAGCUAACAUGGAAGGCAUCCGAGGCCUUAGCAGCUGGAGGUGGGUCUUCAUCCUGGAGGGUAUCGCAACCGUCUUGAUUGGCAUUGCGUCUUUUCUCUGUAUUACAGACUUCCCGCAGCAAGCAAAAUGGCUGUCUAGAGAGGAAAGAGAGUUUCUGUUGAAGACAAGAGCCGACGAAUCUCCGAUAACUCCGAUUACCACCGAAGAUAUACUUGCAUUUUUCACGAAACCGGAGCACUGGUUCGGUGCCCUCAUGUACUUCUCUCUGCUGGUUCUCGCUUAUUCCAUCGUAUACUUUCUUCCCACCAUUGUCCAAGCUCUUGGCUACUCAACUGUACAAACUCAAUUACACUCAGUUCCCCCAUUCGCCGCGGCUUUCGGGUUUGCCGUGGUAGUAGCGUACAUGUCUGAUAAAUGUCGGAUGCGUUCGCCCUUCAUCUUUUUCGGUCUCGCGCUACUCAUCACUGGUCUUGCUAUUCUGAUCUGCGUGCGCGGCGCGGCGCAUUUCUCGGUUGAGUACGCAGCACUUUGCCUUAUAGCUAUGGGCUCCUUUGGAGUCGGCGGGAACAUCGUUUGUUGGUAUAUCAUGAACCUACGGGGACAUGUAAAGCGAAGUAUUGGGUCGGCGUGGAUGAUUGGGUUUGGGAAUAUCGGUGGGGUGAUCUCCACAUUUCUAUUCGUGAAGAAAGAUACGCCAUACUACCAUUCCGGAUACUCUGUUUGCCUUGCUAUGGCUGCUCUCUGCGUAUUCUCGUGUGCUGGGUACGGUCUACUCGUAAGAAAAGAAAUUGCCAAGGAUAAGAAGCUUGCGGGAGGGGACUUGGUAAAAGAGCCACUAUACCUCUAACUACUUCUAUGUAGGAGGUACCUAGGUGGUUGUAAAUCGCUGCGGAUUUUGGAAGCGCAAACCGUAACUUGGGGGGGCGAUUCGCCAACCUCUCUGAUAUAUCAAAAUCUUCUUACGUACCUAGGUACCUAGGUACACACGCUGACAC